AUGCCAACCACCCAAGACUACAGUGUCCAGGACUACAGUGUGGGUUGGAUUACUGCCAUAGAAUGCGAAUAUGUCGUCGCGCAAGUGUUUCUGGACAAUGAGCAUGAGCGCCCCUCCAAUCUCCCACCGCAGGACCCAAAUGACUACGCUUUUGGCAAGAUAGGAAGCCACAAUGUUGUCAUCGCCGUCCUUCCCAAGGGAGGAUACGGGACAGCAUCAGCAGCCAAUGUUGCUACCGCCAUGACACAAAGUUUCCCGAAUAUUCGCAUUGCGCUCAUGGUUGGGAUUGGCGGCGGUGCGCCAAGCUUGAAGCAUGAUAUCCGCCUUGGAGAUAUCGUCGUCGGCAUUCCCGGCAACGGCGAGAGUGGUGUUCUGCAAUAUGACUUUGGAAAGACAAUUCAAGGCAAAGGCUUCCAGCCCACGGGAUUCACCAAUCAAGCGCCUGUUGUGUUGCGCAAUGCAGUAAAUGGGCUCACUGCGCGAUAUAAGAUUAAUGGCCAUGGUAUUCAUGAAGCUGUUAACGAGGAUGAUCCAACAAUUCAUUACGGUCUGAUCGCAUCUGCCGAUAGACUGAUGAAGGACGCCAAGAUUAGAGACCAGUUUGUGAGACACAACGAUGUGCUGUGCUUUGAGACGGAAGCUGCUGGACUGGUUAAUCACUUUCCUUGUCUUGUCGUCCGGGGUAUCUGCGAUUAUGCCGACUCACAUAAGAGCGACGAGUGGCAAGGCUAUGCAGCGAUGGUUGCCGCGGCCUACGCUAAGGACCUAUUAAAACGCCUUGCGCCAAAUCAGGUUGAGCAGGAAACAAAGAUCACUGUCGUCCUAAAGGCCGGCGACCAUCACCACCAUGAUAAUAGCCGUCAUAAAAACAUGCACAUCGAAUUUGGGGGUUACAAUAGCGGUUUCCAGAUCGGCCAGAAUAACGGUUCAAUCACGCAUGGACAGUCCCCGCCGGUCUGGCCAUGA